UUCAUUUUCCCCAUCAGUUUCACUGCAGCAUGAAGUACUCUCUGUGUAAAUUUUUACAAAAAAAAAUAUCUUCAACCGUUAUAGUUAAUACAAAAAUUGUGCUUUAAGAAGAAGAAGCGUGUAAAUGAAGAUAGGAAGAAGACUUAUUUCUUGUUUAAAAAAAAAUUGUUUUUGUGUGUGAAUAGUGAAGUGUUCGGAAAUUUUUAACGAAGAAUAUAAAACAUCAUUGACCGGGACGUGAUUAUAUUCAUCACACGGGUAAGAAUGUUAAAGUCUGUCUAAAGUGAGAGAGAUUGGUAAUUAAUCGGUCUUCCGAUGGAAAGUGAGGAUCAUCUAAUAUCAUCCACUGUACCCCGACAAGACUCGGGUGUACCGGAUGAUGUCAAUUCGGCAAUGAAUGACUCGAAAAAUGAAGAGGACGCCGAUAGUACGAUAAACAGCGACUGUAAUAUAACAGUGAUCGAUGUGAAUGAAAUGAAACUUAAGGAGAAGGUUGCUGUUCCUGUUUUAGAGAAAGAGAAAAAAGACUCGGAGAGUAAAGACAGCAAGGAUGGAAGUGAUAGUGGAGUGGAAGUUUGCGUUACAGAAAUUCCAAGGGCGAGAAGUAAUAGCGUUGACUAUGCAAGUAGUUGUGGGGGCCUCGAUGAAGCUUCAUGUGAUUCUAGUCUAGUAAGUUGCUGUUCCGUUUACGAAGAUCCAUGCGCUAUUUUGCCAGAUGACAUGAGACUGAACGCCGGUGGCGAGGGAACCAGCGAAGGCGGUAGCGAAAGUUCAUCAGUAACUGGAAGCAUAUCAGCGCGAAUGAACCGUAUCAAUACAAAACGCACAUCCCUAGCAUCGAAUUCAACUAAAAAGAAGGCCAGCAGCGUUGAACCACAAAAACCAUCACGAACAAAACCCUCGCCUACGAAUAGUAAUUCUACCACAACAUGCGCAACACCCAGAUCAAAACCACGAACAGUAGCCCCAAGGAAUAUCGUCACCAGAACACCAUCCAUAAAUCGCGAUCGUGGCAAAUCGAGAGACAAAUCUGUGCCGAGGGAAAACUCCACAGAAUGUACAACACCCAGCACGAGAUCAUCUUCUGUUCGCACCACAUCGAAUUCCGUCCCGCCGAAAACAAGAUCCCGACCCACUCCCGAUUCUCUGCCUUCGGUGCUCACCACCGAGAUUAAUAAAGACUUGGCACAACGGGGACGAGGUGCGAAUGCCACAAGAGCUAGGGGUGCAUCGUCCAAUCGAGGACGAACAACUCCUGAAGAAGUCUCUCGUAAAUUACCGCCUCUCUCUUCAAGAACCGUCUACACCGGACGGCUCGAAAUUAAAAACAUUCGGAAUGAUCGAAUGUCCCUGAGCUUAGAUAGAAAUACUCUAGAUGCCUAUGCUACACUACCACGCCGACCUAGAACCAGAAUGUCAAUUGGUAAACCGAACGAGAAACCGGAAACGAGCCUAAGAAGUCGAUCUGGCAGUAGGGAGACGAGUUUAAGUCGACUGACCAAGAAGACUGUCAAUGCGAAUAAUUGUACGGGGCAGAAGAAUUUCAAUUCGAAAACAAAGCCAAUUGAGAAGACAAGAAUUUAUCAUGAAGUUAGCGUACAAACUGGUUUGACUUGUGGUGAUAUUGAGAAUGUAUUGGCGGGGAUUGCAACGAGACUACCGAAUCCAGAAACAAGUGAGAAGGUACAUCAGAAAAUUCAGACUGAGGGUACGUGGCAGGAUAUAAGAGUACUGAAGGAGGAUUUCAAGCGGAUUGAGGAGGAGAAUAAUAAACAGAAGGAGGAGAAUAGAAAAUUGAAAAUGGAAUUGGAGAAUGUUAAGAAAAAGCUACAGGAAGAGGAGGCUGAUCAUGCGUUUGCGCGACAGGAACUUGAUCGUAAUGCACAAAGAGUUUUGGCGAUGUUAGGGACUCCUCAGUCUGAAUAUCCAGAAGGUAGCGACAGUUUCCUAGAAUUGGAAUCACAUCUCCAGUCGGCGGGAAAAGUUGUCUCAACUCAGCAAAUUGAAAUCGCUGACUUGCAGUCACUUUGCCGAAUGCUAAAUAGAGACUUGGAAAAGAGUUUAGCUGCCCAGAAGAAUCUACUUCAGCAGCAGCAGGAAUUUGAGGCGGAGGCAACAGAAAUGCAGGACUUCCUACAGGAAGAAAAGUCUGCUUUAGCCGAAGCGCUUAAAGACUCCGAAAUGGAGCUAAAAACAAAGGAAGACCUGGUCGCAGUACAAAGAUCAGAACUCGAAAGACAGACCGAGGAAUGUAAACAUUUGGUGCGCAUCAGUGAACAAAGAAGACAGGAAAAUUUAUCCCUGAGUGUGAAAUUAAAUGCAAUUGAGAGAAGAAGUAGAGAAUUUUCACUUGCGCAAGGAGCAGCAGUGUCUGGAGCUUCGGUUGCGUUGUCCGGUCUUGGGAAUCGACUUGAAGGAUUAGUGGAUCAAUUAAUCGUGUCAUAUAAUAUUUUAGAAAAGGAUCUUGAGGACGAAAUUUUUCAUAACGAGGCCUACAGUCAAAGUAAUAGUAGCGUUGACUCGAGUCCUGUAAGUUCGAGGCACAGCAUUAAAGACUGCACACCGAGUCCAAAGAGGGGAUCCUUUGUUUCAGCCGUUAUUGGCGCUAUUAGAAAUGCAGCGACACAUCCCUUCAUGGGAAAGAGUGACAAAAAAUCAACUGCCAAACAAAUGCAAAAAGAACUGAGUACAGAAUCUUCGUCCGAAUUACUUGACUUUGAGACGGAACCUUGUCUUAUGAUGGAGAGUGUUUUGGAGGACGUUCCAUUACCUGAUACAUAUUCGCACAAUAUGAUAUCGAGCAGUGAUUCAUUGAGAAGGGCUCUGAGUGUUCCAGAAACGGAUGAGGAUAAUUUCCGUAAAUCAAGACUCAAAGUAGAAAGUACUAGCUUGACGAAUCUUUCACACGCUAUUCUGAAUAGACGAAAGGUGGAGGAUGAAGAAGAGGACAAUUACGAAUCUAUUAGUGAAUCAGAUAUUCUAGAUGGUCCGACAUCUUUGAAUUACUGUCCAGCAAUUAGUAUUGUCGAUCAAGUGAUUGACGUCGACAAUCUUGUCACCAAACUUUUGAAAGUAUUGCGAAUCAUUCAACUUGACAAUGAUACCUGUAUACAUGAGCUUAGAGACGAAAAGUCUACGCUAGAAGCUAGACUCGAAAUGUCCGCGGAGGAAUUGAAAGAGAUGCAGAAGACAUUAGAAAAACUGCAUGAAUCAGAUGGAACGUACCAUGAUAAUCUUGUUGACAGGAAAAUAAUUGUUGAAAGUUGUUGUCAUUUGAAAAAAGAGACUGCAAAAGAGGAAUUAUUGGCAGACGACACUGAGGUGGAUCGAGAACAAAUAAACGGCGAUCACAAUGCCAACGAGUCGGCCCUUCAUUCUUCUAGAACAUGUUCCUAAUUAAAUCCUGCCACAAUUCUUUCUAAUAUAAAAACAGGUCACAAAAAUUAUUUGCAAUUCUAAACUGCAAGAAUAUGAAUACAAAAUGAUUCUUAUUUAUCAAAAUAUCAAUAAUCGCCAGGUUGCGAAUUUGUCUCUCUAAAAAAACGCUUAAUACGAAAAAUCUGGUAAAAUUUUUCGAUCUGAAAGUUUAAAUGUUAUUGAGAAAAAAAAUCAAAUUUAUCUGUACAUAUUAGAAUGUGAUAUUUGUAGAAAAUGUCAAUUCACGAAAAAUUGCUAAUUCUUUUGAUGCUUUCUAUUUUUCUUUUGAGAAACAGUAUUUUCUUAUAGUGACGCUCAUUCUUUCUCUUCUUAUUUUUCAAUAAGCAAUGUUUCAUUUAAUUAUUUUUCGAUAAAUGAACAUUAAAAAUCAAUAGGUUUUUUCUUCAAUUGAGGAUAAUUUUUAUUUGAAAUUUAUUGAUUAUUGUCAGUCUUCCAUUGAGAGAAAAAUUGAUAAACAUAUUUUUUUAAUCUAUUUGAAACAUUUUUAGAUAAUAGAAUUUUUUUUUCUCUGAAAUCGAUUGGGUUUUAUUAUUGAGAAUAUUUUUUAAGUAAUUAUUUUUUGAAGACUGUAUUUUUAUGUUACUUUUUUAAUCAAACAAAAAUGCAUCGAAUCGAACGUUUGACGAAUUGUUGCAAAAAUAACUUAUAUAGAGACUCUAAUGUGAAAUGUUGCUACUUAUAAGCUUUAUCAAUUGUAAAAUCAAAAAUUUGAUGUUAGGAAAAAUGUUUAAUUUAGAUAUAAUAUUUUCAUGCGUGUGUACAAUAGCCGAAGGAAUUUAUAUAAUUGUAAUAGAUCUCUUUCUUCCUUUUUUUUUGUCCAUUUUUAAUGCUCAAUUCUGCAUUUUAUUCAAAGUUGUUAGCAGAAAACAGUUUGCUGUGAUUCUUUUUAUUCUUCGAAAUUUUCUGAUUUUUUAAAUUCUUUCUGUGUGACAGUUUCCUUGUGUAAUAUUAGGGAAAUGAAAAUAAUAGACUUUCGAUGAAUUAUGACUAAUUUUUCGAAGUUAAAGUGUACCAGGUCUUAUUUAAGUUUAUUAUUCCUUUCGUCAUUUGAAAUUAUUUGAUAAUUUGUUAUUUUAGAUAUUGCGAAAGGGUAAUAAUGGAUCAGUAUAGUUAUGUUAUUCGCAAAUACAAUUAUUGAAAAUACUCAAGAAAAAAAACUACAGAAUGAAAGCAAUUGCAGAAAUUUAGUAGUUGUUAGAAUUAAAAAGAUUUUUUUUAUACAUGAUGAUUUGCCAAAGAAGCUGGUGUAAAAACUGUAAACUUUAAAGAAAUAAAUAAACUUUUCCAUAAAAA